AUAAGCUCCUCCAUUACGCUAAGGCGGCCACCACAACUGGGCAGCGUCCUACCGAUAUCACACUCCUUUCCUUGGAUCUCUCACUCUCUGUCCCAUGUACUGAACACUGGCACGCCCUUUAAUGUUUCAGCUCUUACAUAUUUCGCUCCAAUGGCACUUCGAAGCCCUACUCUGUCGAGGGGACCAUCAACCCCUACCACACCGCGUCCGUUCGAGCACGCCCAGGGCCUCAUCGAGGUCCUUCCGGACAAGAUUGAUGUAGAAGAGGAGGCGCGCUUAUACGAGGAGUUGUGUGAUACCCCGGUGGAAUUCGAGUUUAGCACGGCUGCACGACCAUCGGUCGAUGCGCCCUCGAUAUACUCGAAGGACAUCUGGCUGGGCGACCACUCGGGCGAGAGCCUGGUCUUUGCGCGAGAGGUGGAGGUCGUUGGAUGGACGAAUGUCGGGGAUAAGCGAGGCGGCGCGUACAUAGUGUACGACUGUGCGAUCAAGACCAAGGAGGGAACUGUCAUCCAUGUACACAAGCGAUAUAGCGCUUUCGCAGAGUUAUAUGCACGACUACGUGCCAGGCUUCCACAAAGCCACCAACGGUUCAUCUCGCCAUUGCCGCCGAAGUCCCCUCUUUCCAAGUUUCGCCCGUCCUUUCUCGACCAAAGAAGACGACUGUUGCAGCAUUGGUUAUCGUCUAUCCUGCUCCACCCAGACAUCGGAGGCUGCGAGAUCUUGCGGGAGUGGGUCAUGGACUAGCUCCCUCAGUUUCUCCGUUGUGUUUCGCCCCCUGUUGUCAGCUUAUAUUUGUCACUCUUGUCAUGCUUCUAGAUUUUGCUUUCCCCAACGUCGUUGCGUUGCCCUGUC